CCCAGCCGCCGGGGGAUGCGCCUCACACCCGGCUGGAAACGCCCGACACACAGCCGGUCCUGCUCAGGGACGCUUAAGUGUUAAGAUUUAAACGUCGGUUGGACUCCUCUCGGCCGGAAAAUGCUUACCGAUGUGAUAUUGGACGAAGAGUUUGAGAAGGGCGAGGAGUCGUGGUACACCAGACAGGACCUUGAACAUGAUCUCCAUUUGGCAGCACAGCUGGGGAAGACUUUACUGGACCGGAACCACGAACUGGAGCAGGCCCUGCAGCAGAUGUAUGCCACCAACCAGGAACAGCUGCAGGAGAUAGAGUAUCUGACCAAACAGGUGGAUUUGCUGCGUCAGAUGAAUGACCAGCAUGCAAAGGUUUAUGAGCAGCUCGACGUGGCAGCCAGAGACCUGGAGCAGGGCAACCGCAGACUGGUGCAAGACAAUCGCCUGGCCCAGCAGAAGAUCGAAAGUCUGACAGAGAUCAUUGAAGGGCUGCAGACCCACAUGGACGACAUGCAGUCACAGGUGGAGGAACUGAGGACCGCUCAAGCAGAACGGAAUAAAAGGGAGCUGGCGGAGCAGAGACGCCACCUCGGAGCGCAGAGUGUGUCCUGUCUCAAGGAGCUGUAUGACCUCCACCAUGACAGGUACCUUGCCUAUGAGGGCCUGCAUGUAGAUCGACCUUGGUCACCCCAGGGCUCUUUUUAUGACCAGGACAGACACCAGGACCCAGAGGAGAACACAGUGCUCCAGCACUCCAUCCAGACCCUUCAGAGCCAAGUAGACGCAGAGCGGAAGCGCAGGGAAGCUGCAGAGAGGGAGACAGAGUUGACUGCCAAAGAGAAUGGGACACUGGAACAGCGGCUGUUCCUGUUGGAGGGCUGCCGGGCCAGGCAGAAAGAACUGGAGACAGAAGUGGAGGAGCUCCGGCUUCUGUGGCGUGCAGAGUGUGCCAGCAGUGCCAGGCGGUCAGACUGCCUCCUGCUACCUGAUACAGUGUUCUUCGCUCAAGAGGAAAAGCCCAGCCCAGGGAACAGUGAGGAGCAGGAGAAAGUGGAGCUGGAACAGGGGAGGUACAGCAGGCAGAGGUUCAACAGCGACAGUUUUUUGGGUGGGACCAACACAGACGAGAUUCGGCGUGGACACGAAGAGAUGUGUAUCAGGCGAGCGGAGGCAGUGAAACGGAGAGGGAUCUCUCUGCUCAAUGAGGUGGAUGCCCAGUACAGUGCACUGCAGGUGAAAUACGAGGAGCUUCUGCAGCGGUACCAGCAAGGGUCAGAUGGACUCAGCCACAAAGCCGUUCAGACCAAUGGUAGUCCCCGUACCGGCACCGGUAUUCGCCGCCGCCUCUCCAGCUCUGCUGCUAUGUCCGAUCUGGCGGUGGUUUUGGAAGACGGCCAGCAACCAGAGUACAAGGCACUCUUCAAGGAAAUCUUCACAUGUAUCCAGAAGACCAAAGAGGACCUGAGUAAGAACAAACAGUCUAGUCAGGAACAUUAAUUUGUGGGCCGUGCCAAAGGAUAGCAUCAGUUGUAUUAAACAGGUCUCUGUUACAAGGUUUACACAGCAAAAGUUUUUGUCAAAGGGGGAGCAUUUGGUUUAGACAUUUUAAAAAUCCAUAGGGGACCAUGUCAGAAGUGUGUAUACCCCCCCCCCCCCGUCAUCUGUAGACAUUCUAUUGCACCUGUUGAUGAGCACAUUUCAUCUUUUUCUUUUAUCCGUCCAUAAUGAAAACGUGUGGUUGAAGAGUACAUUCACACCAGUCACGUGACAGUGAGUGCACUGUGCAAGUCCUGCCACCAAACGGCCGUCUAAUGCAAGAAAACUCAUUGACUUGAAAAGUAAGUUGACGUGCUGACAGCGAGUCAUUGUCGAGGCAGAAAUCUAGUUUUAGUCUUGCAGAAAUUUCCAGUCAAGUAUUCUGUAUGCAAGUUUUCCCCUCCUCCAAAGUAUUAUGUUACUGUGCAACAGCAUUUUGUCCCGUUUAUGCAAGAUUAACAUUUUGACCAGCUGAUUAUUUGGUGCUUGGUUUUGGGAGAGUAAAGCCACAUUGUAUACUGCUUUUGCUUUCAUAAAUGAGAGAUGGCCUUUGUUUGUGUAUUAUGUAAACACAAAUGUUGGCACUGGAUUGAAUGGCGUGCUUUGUAAAGGUAAUCGGCUGAAAGGCGGCAGCUUUUGAGCAGCUAAAGACUAAGCUAUUGGCGACAUUAAGCUCUCAGCCCCCAGCGUGUGUUAGUUUGUUGGUUGACAGUAGUUAGCUCAGCAGUGAUGUGUCAGUGGUAUGUUACCAGAAAAGUGUCCGUGGAGAAUUUAGCUUCAUGCUUUCUGGAUUCAUACCAUUCACAGUUUAGGCUUUGACAAGUGUCAACAAGCAGAGCAACCCCGUGCCAACGCAACUCAAAUCCAGACUUUGCAAUGUGAACUCAGAACUUUUUAGGACUGAAACACAGUUGUUUUUUUUGUUUUUUUUUGUUUAUUUAUUUGUAGUUUACAUGUAUUAGAAAAGAUUAAAAGAUAAGCAUUGUAUCUUUCAUUAUAAAAUGCUAUUUAUUGUCACAAGUUGUUUUGUCACUGUAUUCCAGAUCUAUAAUAUUGUUGCUAAAUACGGGUUUAGAGGAGAUCUGUUAUUUGAGUUGGAAGUGAAUGUUUAUCUGGUGCUUUUUUCUGCAAUUAUGAAUACUAUGUACAGAAUUGGUGAUUGGAAAAAUAAUGGCAGCAAAUGAAAAGCACAAAAAAAACAAACUUGCCUGUCUGAACAAAUUUCAUGUCAUUUUCAAAAUGUUACUAUCGGUGGUUUUUUCUGAGGUUGUUGGUUCUCUUACUUGGUACCCUAAACAGAGGAGAGAAUAGGCAAUCCCACAUUUGUCUUGCUAGUGUCAAAAUGCCAGCUGUUGUCAAUAACAAUAUAUUUUUCUCAACUUUUCACAAUGCCAGUUGUAUCAGAUGAACUCGAGAGCACAAUAGUUGUUGAGCUUCAGCAAGUUAUAUAAGACUUCUCAAUUAUAUGAGGAAAUGGCACAUGAGGCUUUAUAGCUGGGGUGCGGGGGUGGGUAAAUAGUGGGGCCUAAUUUAAUCAGUGGGGCUUAAUUAAAGCUGUGAAUGACAAUCCUAACUACCCGAACUCAUGGCAUAACUGGAUCAGGACAAGUUGUUACUAUCUGCAGAUUAAAGUCUACAAUGACGACUAUACGUAGAACCUAAAGUGUCAACAUAGGCCCCUGGUUUUUAUUUUUAACUCUUAACUUAAAAUUACAUUAUAGGACCAUUACUUUCGAUAUGAUGUCAUGUUUACCAGAAAGGUAUUACUUUGAUAAUGGCAGGUAGUAUAUUAGCAGAUGAACGGUAGGUGCAUAUAGCAGUGUGCUUGAUUGUAUCAUUAAGUGUCCUCCAUGAUGACUAACAAGUUAUUUGAAAGUAAAAAUACUCAUGCAAAACGUU